CCCUACUCUCUCUCUCUCUCUCUCUCUCUCUCUCUCUCUCUCUUCCUCUCCCUCACGGCAUCUCCAGCCGUUACCAACUUGGUAACAUUGGUGCUUUCAUCUGAUCUCAUCCUCCGCCAUGUCUGCCGAUCCCAAUAAGCAACCAGAAACACCUUUGCCUCUCUCCACAAUCAUGCAGGCCAUACAAAACCUAGGGCUGGAGUUAAACAACACCAACAAGAGGUUGGAUGCUUUGGCGCGCAAAUUUGAGGCCGACCCUACUGACCCUGGACGGACGAAGAACCCUCCCCCUGAACGUCGUUGGCAGCCACCGCCAUCGCGAACUACGGGGCGCGCGGAUCCUGCCGACCGUCAACUCCGUUUGCGCAUUGACCCUCCUCGUUUCAGUGGUGAGGAUUCGGUGGGUUGGAUUUUUCGAAUUCAGCAAUACUUCGACUAUUUUGCAACAUCCGAGGUGGAACGCAUGCAGUUGGUUGGCAUGUUCAUCGAUCACCCGGCUUCCGAAUGGUACCGCUAUUAUACAACUAACUCCUGUGGGGGAUCGUGGGUGGAAUUUUUGCAGGCGGUUAAGCAACGCUUUGAUCCCGACCAUUAUUUUGAUUAUGUGAGUCUCCUGUCUAAACUACAGCAGCAAACAACCGUCCUCGCCUACCAAACUGCGUUCGAGGGUUUAUUGAAUAAAGUCUCGGGUAUUCCGGAGGCAACCUUGAUUUCCAUGUAUAAAGGGGGCUUGAAGCAGCCGCUACAGCGGGAGGUUAACCUCCGCAACCCUGGCAUGUUAGUGGAAACUUUCUCCCUCGCCCGGGAACUCGCGGCAUGCACAUCAUUCUUGGGGACGCCACGACGGGGAUGGCAACCCAGCGCAGGGAGUACUGCGGCGCAGCCCGUGGCCACGGCCGCAGAGGUCACACCAUCUAAGCCCUCCUCUCUGCCGAUUGUCUGUUUGUCUCCCGCGGAGCGCGCGGAACGCUCCUGGAAGGGUCUUUGCUGGAAUUGCGAGGAGAAAUAUGUGCCCGGCCACCGGUGUGCCCAUAAAUUUUUGGUGCUCUUGGGGACCGACGAUGAGGAACUGACCGAUGAUCUUGAUGCCGAUGCCCCUCCUGUCAUGACCGACACUGCCCUCAUUACGGGUGAUGUGUCGAGUAUUCUUAAUAUGUCCGAGUUGCCCAACCCACGCUCGCUUCGGCUCGCGGGCUCGAUUAACGGUUCUGCUGUGCAAGUGCUUAUCGAUGGCGGAAGCACCCAUAACUUCAUUCACCCAGCGCAUGCUGAACGACUGAGCUUGAUAUUGCACCCGGUCACACCGUUUCGAGUUUACGUGGGGAACGGGGAUUCCUUACGCUGCUCCUAUUUUUGUCCGAAGAGCCCGCUGAUUUUGCAAGGCCAUUCCUUCGAGGUUGAUCUGUUUAUGCUUCCGGUACAUGGCCCGGAUGUGGUCCUUGGCGUUCAAUGGUUGCAGGGUCUGGGCAAAGUCUCUCAUGACUAUGCCAAUAUGACGAUGGAGUUCCAGCGGGAUAAUACAGUGGUGGUUUUAAAGGGCGACGUCACCCCGCCCAAGUCUCUGUCUUUCUCGGCUUUCUAGGCCUUCACCGCCUCGGCGUCCGACUUUGAGUUAUAUGAGCUCUUUCUCAACGAAGCUGCCGCCCCAGACCCUUCCACGCUUGCUUUGGAUUUUCCCGACCUUCCACCAGUGGUUCGACAAGUGGUGCUACGCUUUGCAGUCGUCUUC